AUGUCGACGACCGCGACAAAAGUCCCGCCUCAUGAUUAUGAAGGUGAACCAAAAGAACAGGAGGAGGAGAUGACGUCGUUGGAGGGCAUUCUGAAAACAGUUGUUGACGGUGCAUGGCAUUACCUGCCGCAGCUCGCCAUUAUUGCUAUUGCAAUACCCAUAUUACUCGUUGUUUCUGCCGUUGCUGGACUCAUUGUUCGGAAUUCGGUCCCUAGGCCCUGGCAGCAACGAGUCUUUCUCCAUUAUGGCGAGGAUACUAUUCCUUCUGCACAUUUCCCUCUUCCGACCCUUGUGGCCGACCAGGCGUAUGAUAUCUCAGUGCACCUCACCGUACCAUAUACAGAGACGAAUGCGGUUCUAGGCAACUUUAUGACCUAUCUCACGAUUACCACUGCAUCAAACAAGACCAUAGCCUCUGCAAGUAGACCGUCACUCGUUCCACCCGCCCCGUCACGAGGAUUGAUUCGAAGACUUCUCCCGUUCCCCUCUCGCCGUCCGCAUACGGUCAUCACGAUCCCUAUCCUGCCGGAAUGGACCCCCAAGACGUCCUCACCCUUGUACGCACUGCUGGAAGUCGGUCGACGUGAUGGGUGGCGCUCCUUGGGUAAAGGCGAAGGACGCGAGAUUACCGUGCUGGAUGCUCACAUCCAAGGUGCGGUCCUCCUUCACGGCACACGCAGAGUCGUUGGACGGUACCCCAACGCGACGGGACUCGCAUCUUCGGGCAUCUUCUUCAUCACGUCCGCAUUGGGUCUCGUCAUCUGCUUCUACCGCUUCGCUGCGCCAUUUGAGACGCGCCAGAUGAGAGGUGGGAGGAUAGCGGGGGGUGGUGGUGGUCCCCCUCUUCCGCCGAUGCCGGUGCCCAAAACGCUCCCAGGGAGACCGACGAGGAGGGCAUCAGAGUCGUCGCGCAGAUUCAUCAAACGCGAGCCAUCUGUCGAGUCUUCAGCGUCUUCAGUAGGGCAUAAAAUUUUUCUCAUUCUUCGCUGGUUGACUCGGUUUUACAGACAACAAGAGACUUGCCAAAUAUUCCAACUCCCAGUUCGGGACUAUCACAACGACUCAAUACUUCAUCUCCUUAUGUAG